AUGGCAGAAGGUUUGAGAGUUUUGUGGUUGAGCUCCAAAGAGGAAAAUAUGCUAUUAAAUAGUGAGUAUUCUUUACCUUACCGAAAAAUUAAUGGUUUUUGGUCCUAUCUGGUAGAUUCUUCGUAUACAACAAACUGGUUGGAAGAGCAGCCAGACGAUUGUUGCCCUGAAGGAGAAGCUGCGUUUGUUAUUAAUAGUCGAGAUGGGUGGGAUGACGUUGGCAGACAAGAGAGCGCUUUUGUUGUCUGUAAAUAUAGAAGUACGAAGGCAUCAAGGAAACUUCGCCAUCCCUUUUUGACGGCGUGGACGUUGACAUACAACGAAAACGCCGAGAGGCAGCAACGGUUUCUUUUACAUUGUUUAUUUGCGUGGUCAUUUGCAUCUAUGGCUAAUUGUUUCUGGAUGCUGAAUGCCAGUUAUGAGGACGAAUUAUACUUCUUAUGCUUUUUUCGGCUUUAUAAGGGUAAAAUAUACAUUUCGUAUGAAGUGCUUUUACAAAGGAUGAUCAUUGCUGGAGCGGCUGGAGGAGGUGCGUUGUCCUUAUGUCUCGGCUUGUUCAUCGUAUUAUCAAAGAGAAAUGCGAUGGAUAUGGAUAAAAUACGUGAAGCCAUUUACGAUGCUGCAGCAGAGUAUGCGGCUGUUUACGCUGAAGUAGCCCCAAUGAGACUAGAGUCAGACGUAGAAGGGGCGAAAUAUGCAUCUACUCGGUUAGCGGCAAUUCCGGCAGGACUACAGGGAGAGGGAAUUGUUGAUCCCCGUCUUGAACCUGCUCAAGCAUAG